UAAUAAAAUGAAUCUUGUUUUGUCAUUUCAUUUUUGAUAGUUUUAUGACCGUAUCUUCCUUGUAAGUGUACCAAGUUCCAUUACCUUAGAUUGAUCGACACAAAAUCUUGGCUUAUUUCAUCAGUGUUUGGCUUUACUUGCAACCGUUUCUUUUAUAAAAAAACCAAACUGUUUUUUUCCUUUCAAUUUUAUGAAAGAUUAGUCCGUAGUGCAAAGAAAUAGAUUAGUAGCUUGUACUACUUGAUUUAUUAGCCUAUUCAACAAAUGGGAGACAAAAAAGCCACAGUAGUAAAUGCGAGGAGAGAACUUGAAGAACUUUAUCUUGGAAUUCCUGAUGAAUCUGUGAAUCUUACAUUCGAAGAUUUGGUUAAGUUAAAACAACAAAGUGGUAUAGCAGAAAGAAAACAACCAACUAUAGAGCCGAUUCAGGAAGUUCAUGUGACCAGUGGAAACGAAGGACUAGGUAUUGCGAAAUCACCCAGCUUCGCAUUCAUAAAGGGUCUACAAGUUUCUAAUGGUUAUGGAGACCACCGUAUUGAAGGAGACAUUAAGUACUCAUCACCUAGAGAUCAUCACCGGUAUGCUGGAACUGAUCACCGCUAUUACCAAGGAAAUCCUUUUCAUAAUCAUACAGUCCAAGACACCACCAGUAUUACCAAGAACAACGACAUGCGAUCCUUGGAAAGUAGCUUCAUGUACGACGAUGGUAGUGUAUGUGCACGGAGUACCUUCGCAGAGAGAGGUGGAAGAAAAAGAGCCGGAAUCCCUCACUCGAAUAUUUGCACCAUUUGUAGCACAUAUAUCUAUGUCUUCCGAAAUCGAUGUCUGGUUUGUGGAAGAGUUUAUUGCAGACAAUGCAAAAAUAUUGGAAUGGGAGACAUGACAGAAGGAAGAAAGUGCGUAGAAUGUCUUGGUAGAAGGUUUAGCCAAAGGUACAUACAAAAAGCGGGAGAGAUAGGAUGCUGCGCCGGGUACUCAAGCACCGUCAAACAACAAGAGUUGAUAUGGGCAGAGAAAGGACCUAGGAGGAACGGAGAUCAUCACCGGAGGGAACAUGGAGGAGGAGGAGGACAUGAUCUCAAUAGCAAUAGCAUGAUGACGUCAGCCACAAAACCAAGGGUAUCAAGAAGUCCAAGUCCGGUUAGGGCAGCUGCAUAUGUUGCUAGUAACCCUCCUCCUUUUGUCAUGGGUUCUCCAUUUUCUGCUUCUUAUACCCCUACCCAUCACCAUAUUCCAUUUUAAAGCUCGGUAUUCGGCUUCCCCUUAUCGUUAUCGAUAAUUUCAAUUAUCUACAUAAUGUUAGCUCCUAUUAGUGACUCCUUGUGUUGCAUUAAUCUGAAAUUAUUUGUUAUUAAAAAUUGGUUAAAUAACUAUAUCCAUGUAUUUUACUACUCCUAUUAGUCCUAUGUAACUUGCUGCUUGUAGUAUGAACUUUUUGAGCUCCUUUGAGCUUGUUUUUAAACAUUUUAUGGAUGAGAGAUAUCAGUAUAGAGAU